UCCAUCAACAUCCAUACGUAGCACCUCUUAGUAUGUCUUUGGUAAAAAUUCAGCUGUUGUAAAACCAUAGCCUUAAGAGGGGGAGUUUUUACAAAUUACAGAGUAACUUUCUAUACAGCCCUCUCCCGAAUGUGAAGGAAUUCAUCGAAGACUUCCGAAGACGCAAUUCGCAAUGGCGUCUGUUGCUGGGAGUCGAAAGAAGGAUCGAAAAACAACUUUGCAAGACUUUGAAUUAUCAGUUACACUAGGCACGGGAACGUUCGGCAGAGUUAUCCUUGCCAAAGAAAGACGAGGAACAGAGUUCUACGCUCUCAAAAUCAUGAAUAUUAGUGAAGUAAUACGUCUAAAACAAGUCGAACAUGUACAGAACGAGAAAAAUAUACUGAAUAACAUCGAGCAUCCAUUUAUUGUUAACUUGUUAUGGACGCAUCAUGAUCAAACCUUCCUUUACAUGCUUCUAGAAUAUGCAUGUGGUGGUGAAUUAUUUACCUAUCUAAGGACAGCAGGCCRGUUUAACAAUGGAACAGGAUUGUUUUACACUACAGAGAUCGUCUCAGCUCUAGACUAUUUACAUAGUAUGUCAAUGGUCUACCGUGAUCUCAAACCAGAGAAUAUUUUGUUAGAUCGUGAAGGACAUGUAAAAAUUACUGAUUUUGGAUUUGCCAAGAUAGUUAAUGACAAAACAUGGACGUUAUGUGGUACUCCUGAAUACCUUGCUCCAGAGAUUAUUCAAAGUAAAGGUCAUAAUAAAGCUGUGGAUUGGUGGGCACUAGGAAUACUUAUUUAUGAAAUGCUAGUAGGGUACCCUCCCUUUUUUGAUGAUAAUCCAUUUGGUAUUUAUGAAAAGAUUCUGUCUGGUAAAGUUGAAUGGCCAAAACACAUGGAAAAUACAGCAGCAAGGGAUUUAAUAAAGAGACUCUUAGUUCACGACAGAACGAGAAGAUUAGGAAGUAUGAAGAAUGGGGCAGAAGAUGUGAAAGGUCAUAAAUGGUUUAAAGUGAUUGACUGGAAUCUAGUUUUACAAAGGAAAUUAAAGCCUCCCAUUGUACCAAAGAUCGCACACCCCGGCGAUACAAGAAACUUUGAUGAGUACCCCGAGGAAGAUUGGAGAGCAGCCCCCCCUCUUUGUAGCAAGCAACUAGAACCUUUCAAAGGAUUUUAACUACCUAUUUUGAAUG